UCCGCUGGCUGCCUGGCGGGGCUCGGCUGGGGCUGCGGGCGGCGGGGCGUCGGGGCGCCAUGGCGCUGCUGCUGGAGUACGAGUUCAAGGCGCUGCCGGCCGACAAGCAGAUCGACACGGAGCCCUUCCUGGAGGCCGUGGCGCACCUGCCGCCCUUCUUCGGUGAGCGGGCGGGGACGGGGACGGGGGCGCGCUUGCACGGCGGGCGGGCGGAGACCCGCGUCGCCCCGGGGCGCGGCCAAGCGGCCCGCUGCUCGCCUCCUUCCUCCCCGGGGAGACUCGGCCGGCGCCUCGAGGUACGAAGCGGGGAUGGGCGCGCGCCCGGGGACGCUUCCCGAGCCUAGCCGUGUCCCGAGGCUUCGUCGCGCUUCUUGUCAUCAUUCGGACAAGAGCCCUGCCGGGUCGGCGACCUAGUUCUCCCCUCGCCCAUUUCGCGGAGGGAGCGGGUGAGGCUGGGAGAGAGAGAGAGAGAGAGAGAGAGAGAGAGGCUGCUCUGCCACUAUCCAAGGAGGAGAAUAGUUUUCCUUCCCUUCUCCAUUUGUAUCUUGCCUUUCUGCAAUGCUGUACACAAAGGGCAGUUAAAAAAAGGUAAAAGAAAUCACAAAGAUCCCACAACCUGUACAGUCUGAGCCAAUGAAAAUAACUUGAAAUGAUAAAAAGGACUAUAAAUAGUUUGAGACCCAGAGUGGUGUUCGAGUGGGAAAGCCCAGGGUUCAAAUCCCCACUCAGCCACAGGGUGACCUGAGGCCAGGCGCUGCCUCUCAGCCUAACCUACCUCACAGGGCUGUUGUCAGGACAACAUGGUGAUGGACAGAAGUCUAUGGGCACCUUGAGCUCCUUGGAGGGAAGGUGCGAUAUAAAUUCAUUAAAUAAACCUCUUGUGUUGAAUAUUGCUAUUGAAUAUUUUGAGUGCUUCCUCUUGUAUUGGGCCUUAGAGUUUUGUCCUUCUGCAUCUGCAGGGGCCCCGGCUGGCCCAGGCCUGUGUCUCUUAACAUCUCUUCACUGCCCAGCCUGGCAGCAGUAGUGGUUUUCUUUUCUUUCCUGCUGGCUUGAUGGGUGAAUUGCAGACCUGAGUGACAUUGUGUGGAACCUGCAUGUUAGGAGGCAGUGUAUCUGUGCCAAAUACUAGGGGCAAAGCAGGAGGGCAUCACGCUUGCACCCUGCUCAAAACAUCUAGUGGGCCGGGGGUAUUGGGAGUUGUAGGCCAACAACCUCUGGGGACUCCAGGCUGAAGAGACCUGAUGUGGACAGCAUGAGCCAGAGGGACCUCAGGCCAGACUCGGGGUUAAGGCGGCUUCCUCCGGUGGUGAGGUUAGAGUGCUGGGAGACCAGGGUUUGACCAUUUGUUCUGCAGCAGCGUUGGAGCCCUCGGCACAGAGUCACCUGCUGUUUUGUGCUCUGCCUCAGCUUCUCCACUCUGAAAAAAGCAAGAAAAGAAAUGAUUUAAUUUCAGUAGAGUUGUUGUGAGGACAAAGACAGCUGUUACGCAAAAGAAGAGCAUUUUAUGUAGGAAAAGGGCUGGUGCAGUUCAAAAACAGGAUUGUCCUAUUCAGUUACUCGGUUCAGAACAUCUUGAGGGCACCAGGUUGGCCAAGGCUGCUCUCACUGAAAUGCUGCUGGAGCUUGAGAGAUCUUUCAGGUCCACCAGUAGCUGGCAUUCAAAGGAAUAAAGAGGUGCCAUUCAGCUAUAAUUUCUGCCCACCUCACCUCAGAAAAUAUAUUUCAGAGUUGGAAUAGAGUUGGACAUCCAAAAUGAUGAAGGGGAUGGAGGGACUCUUCUAAGAGGAAAGGUUGCAACGUUUGGGACUUUGUAGUUUAGAGAAAAGGCAAGUGAGAGGCAGCAGGAUAGAAAUUUAUAAAAUUAUGCCUGGCCUGCAGAGACUGGGCAGCUAGAGGAAGGUUUUUCUCCCUCCCUCGUAGAACUCGGGGGCAUCUGAUGGAGCAGAGUGAUGGAAGAUUCAGGACCGAGUAAAGAAUGACUUCCUCAUGCAGUUAAACUCUGGAACUCCCUUCCACAGGAGGCAUGGCAGCCACCAACUGGGAUGGCUUGAUAGGAGGACUGGACUAAUUCAUGGAGGGCAGGGCAAUCGAUGGCCGGUAGCCAGGAUGGCUCUGCUCUGCCUCCACAACUGGAGGCAGCAAUGUUUGCGAAUGCUGGUUGCUGGAAACAGCAGGAGGGCAGAGCUGCUCUUGGGCUUGGGUUCUGCCUGCAUGUUUUUCAUUGAGGCAUCUGGUCGGCCACUGUGGGAACAGGAUGCUGGACUCUUUCCUAAGGUUUCCAUCUGUCUCUUCUGACAAGUUUUGGCAGGGCCUUUGCCAUGCCCUUGGGCCUGUUGUUACGUGGGGCACCUGCAAAGGUGUGGCUGGGGAGAUGAACCUGUGGGGAGGUGGCACCCCGUCACUUGGGUUACCUAAUUGCCAGCCUGGCCUUAUCCUGCAGCUGUGUGUCUGGCAGGGACUCAGCUUUCCUUCUAGAUCCAGAGGCUUGAUCUUGGCAGCACCCAGCAACCUCUUUUUCUUGCCUCUAGCCCUACAAGAGAAACAGGUUUUUUAAACGCAGCUGAAGAAAUGGCCACCAGAAGGAUGCUGCUGGAUCCGACCAGGGCACCCUGAAGUCCAACAUCCUUUUCUCACAAUGGGCAACCAGCCACCCCAAUGGAAAGCACAGAAGCACAACAGCUCUCCCCACCUGUGAUUCCCAGCUAUAGCAUUGUUAUGGGGGGUUUUUUUGGGGGGGGGGGCUCAGGCUGGAUGAUACCAACAUGUCCCUUCCAAUCCUGUGCAUGCAGAGUUAGAAUCAGUGAGAGGAAACCUACUGAUCCAGUUUGACUAGUCUCUUGGCUAAGCUAAUGGCCUCAGCUUGCUAGUUAAAUACUGCUGUUUACAUGUCCAGAGAGGUUGCUCUGCUGCCAUAGAGACAAAUGGGUGGGCAUUUCCCCACCUCACCUGCAGAUCCUAUGUCAUUCUAGGAUGGAGAACAAGAGGCCAAAUAUCAGAGGGGGGCCCUGAGGUGUGCACAACAAUAUUAUAGCCAUGAUGGCUAGUAGUCAUGAUCCUUCAUGGAUUUGUCCAAUCCUGUCUUAAAGCCAUCCAGGUUGGUGGCCAUGAUCUUGUUGGAGCAAGUUCCAUUGGUUUAAGCUUUAAAGAAGCCUGCCCAGACUCUUCCAACACUGAGAUUUACUGGGUAACCCCAAUUGAUUUUUGUAUGACGAGGCAGGGAGGAAACCUCCUUUCUGCCUGUCCACAGUCUCCACAAAUGUGGGCAUUACCUUCUCUUUGCAAAGCCUUUGUGCUUCUGGUUUUCCCAGGGACUGGCUGCAUCCCUCCAGACCAUGGAAAGGUGCUCUGGACAUGCUCAGAAAGGCACCUCCAUUGCAGCAUGUCCUCUGGGAGCAGCCAUUAAGAUUCAGGAGGAAGGAAGGAAGGAAGAUUCAGGACAGUGAAAGGGCUUCUGCGCUCAGUACAUAGUUAAGCUUUGGAAUUUCCUCCCACAGGAGGCUGCAAUGGCCACCAGCUUGGAUGGCUUUAAAAGAGGACUGGACAAAUUCAUGGAGGAAGAGAGGGCUGCCGGUGGCUCCUAGCCAGGAUGGCUCUGCUCUGCCUCCACACUGGAAGGCAGCAGGGCUUUCGAAUACCAGUUGCUGGAAACCACAGGAUGCCAGGGGGCUGUCAGGAAAGGCAGGUUCAUCCACAGGUCAGAAGGUAGACUCAAUGUGAAGUCAGCUUUUUUAUUCAGAAAAGGAAAACGCAGCAGAGUUCACCCAGGCUCAACUGCCCUAGUUGAAGACGUUGCUGGGACUGGCGUCUGGCCCUCCUUUGCUCUCCAGCCCUCUUCCUCCGGACCCCUCCCAAGCAACUCUAGCAAGAAGGAGGGAUCCCUCUCUAGGCCUUUUGCUCAGCAACACACGGCUCUUCAUGAUCUGGGUGUCUGUGGAGGAGGAGAGCUUGCUGUAGAGGGACUGGCCAACUUCCGUGAAGCUGAGGCAGCGUCCGGCUCCUCUCUCUGCUCUCUUUCAAACUGAGACCCUUGGCACCCAGCCCUGUCCUGGAAUGGCUUCCCUGGUUCAUGGCGUCAAUAACCAGACCCCAUCUUCAACACUGUUCUUGAGAUAAAUGGUGUCCUUCUGAGCAUGCACAGAGUAUCUUUCUGCUGGAGUAGCCCACGGUCUGGAAAUGUGGGGUGUGCCUUCUGGGCUUGGGAGUCUUUUCCUGUGAUCCUGAGUAUUACAUGGCACAGUCUGUGCACCUAGAUAUCUUUAUUUUUCAGGAAGGAUUAUUUGUGGGUGGGGGGCAGUUGUCUGUUUUUCUGCCUUCAGGAGAUGCUGGAGCAGCUCCUCUGAACGGGGUUUGUCUAAGGAAAAUCUCUGUGUUGAGGCCAUGGAGUAAACCGAGAAGUUGAGCAAAUGUUUGCCAAGGAGUCGCUGAGCGCUUUGUCCUGCCUGGCUGCACUUCUUGCCACCAGUGAUCAAAAUGCGCCACGUAAGGAAAGUGAUCGCUGGCUUGUCAAAUAAGGAGCGCACUUUCAUAAUGGAUGUAACUGGAACUCUUUGCUCCCUGGGCACCUUGGGCUGAUUAUGUUUUAUGUGCUGCCUUCUCACUGUACCAGCCUCAGGGUAUCUGUUGAGCGGAGCUGUCAAUUGUUAAAAAAAUAAUAACCUUAAAUUCAUGAGAGCCAGAGCUCAUGAAAGGUCCUAAUCUGGGAAGGGAUCAAGCUGGGGACCAGUUCAGAAGGCUGGGACUCGGGAACAAUGAAGCAGGGUUCUGAUAUGUGUAUCCAGGCCCACUGAGUAAGUACAGCUCAGCCCUGCUCACCUGGCGGAUUCUCUGCCUCUCUAGAGCAUUUUUAAACAAUGGAAACAAGGCAGUCAUCUAAGAGACAGGACACAAAAAGGAAAAGCAGGGAGGGGGGAAAGCAACACAGCUCCAAAAAGGAGUUUCGUAGUUCUUAUAAUGGCCAAUUGUUAAGCACACAGUUUGGGAGGUUGGUUGAGUGCAAGAAUGUAAAACUGAAUUGGAGCAGCCUGUGGAAAUUGCCUUACUUUGGGGAAGGAGUCAUGUUGAACUAGCAGAAUUCAGGACACCCCCCCCCCCCCCGUGCAAUGGCCUUGACGCCAAAUGGAGCAUAUAUGUUUGGCGAUCAGGGGAUUUGAUCCCAUCUAGCGGCAAGGGAGUGGCAGAGGCAAGGAUCUGGCUUGUUGGAGCAGCGCCCUGCCCUGCCCUGGCUCUCUGGUGAGUGUGGAGCAGUGACUGGCUGCUCUUUCUUCAUGCCAGACGUCUUCUUGAGCAAGGGCUCCUGCCAAGUGCUGCACCCUAGAAGAGAAAUCCGCUGUGGCAAAUCCCAGACUUAUCUUUGCUUUCCAUCUGCCCAGCAGCUAUGCAGCUUCUUCUUCUGGGAGCUUUGUCAAAACUUGAAGGAUUCUCCCCAGGGUGGUUUUUUGGGGGUGGGGAGAGGAUAGCUUUCCAUUUAGGGUGAUCUGUUGCUAUUUCAUAAAGCGCUUAAUGAAAGUUCAACCUGCUCUAUGAACUUGAUUGUGGUCCAUAUGAGGGCAUAAGGAUCAGGCCUGCUGGAUCAGGCCAGUGGCCCAUCUAGUCCAGCAGAUGCCACAAGGAGAAGCCUGCAAGCAGAACCCCGGGUGCAAGAAGACCUCUCCGCUCCUGUGGCUUCCAGCAACUGGGAUUCAGAAGCAUUGCUGCCCCUGAAUGUGGGGGCAAAGCAGAGCUGUCCUGGCUGGUGGCCACUGAGAGCCUUUUCCUCCUCUAGGAAUUUGCCCAGUCCAGGCUGGUGACCACCGCUGCUUCCUGUGGGAGGGAGUCCCUUAGUUUAACUACGUGCUGCAUGCAUAAGUGAAUCUCCCAACACUGAGCUUCCUGGGCUGUCCAUGAGUUGUGGUGUUAUGAGAAACUUUUCUCUCUCCCCUUCCUCCAGGCCAGGCAUAAUUUUCUACACGUCUAUUGUGUUGCCACUUCCUUGUCUUUUCUCUCCUCACAACAGCCCUGCCAUGUAUCACGCUUCCAUUUUUACACAGCUUUAAGCUGCAUUAAUCUGAGGUAGCCCUCCAGCGUACCUGAUGGUGGUCCGUAGUGUGAACUUUAGGAGGAGCUUGACAGCACUUGGGAUGCUGGGAUAGUUUCACAGAUUCUGCACACGGCACCUUUUCCUCUCCCACAAAUAAGAUAAUGUUCAUGCAAAGCUACCCAAGACACUUCUUCUGUUUUGAUGUAAUUCUGAACCCUUGCUGGCUGUAUAUUUUGGAAUAUACAGAAUAUUUAAAAAACCUCCAGCUGUUUUGUAGAGGCACAAAGUGGAUCAGCUAAUCUAGCCCCUGCCAUCCUGAUACCUCCAGAUAUUUUGGACUACAACUCCCAUCACUCCCAGCCAACACUCCAGAUUGGCAAAGGCGGACCAAAUCUCUGAAACGUAUGAGUAUGAAUGUGUAUAUAAAUGUUAGAAUCCUAGUUUGUAACCAUAAUUAACGUAAAGUAGGGGGAUAGUACAAAGGAGUGGACCAGCUGUUGACAGGCAUCUGUCUUUGGAGACGAUGGAGUGUGCCUCUGGGGGUGAAAUACAACUGCUAUGUUUUAGGGAUCAUCUUAGGUACUCCACUCUGGCUUUGUACAGGGUUUACUCCUUGGCUUUAUCUUCUCCCAGAUAUGUCCCCUUAGAUGGGCUCCUUUCUCUCUCUUUUUUAAAAAUGAUAUUUAUUAAAAUUUCAGAGAACAAAAGAAUUACACAAAAACAAAAAGUAAAAAUACAAGAAAAAUACAAAAUACAAAAUACAGAAAAAAGAAUAAAAGACACUUAAAAAGAAAAAAAAGAAAAAGAAAAAUGGAUCAAUCUUUCCAUAACUUACAUUCAUAUCCUUGUUUCCCUGACCUCCUCAUACCUCCCUUUUUUGUAUUCUAGUUCAAUUGUUUAAGUCAGCAAUUUCUUUUCCUCUUUGUUUUCUCAUGAUCCUUUAACUUAAUAUACUAUAACUUUAAAUUUUCAUCUGUUAUCCAUCCUUUUUUACAUACACCUUUAUAGCAUUACUGCUUAAACCACCUAACUUCAUUCCAACAUCAUUCUAACAUUCAUUAAUUUUGCAAUAUUUCUGUAAAUAGUCUUUAAAUUUCUUCCAAUCUUCUUCCACCGACUCUUCUCCCUGGUCUCGGAUUCUGCCAGUCAUUUCCGCCAAUUCCAUGUAGUCCAUCACCUUCAUCUGCCAUUCUUCCAGAGUGGGUAGGUCUUGUGUCUUCCAAUACUUUGCAAUAAAUAUUCUUGCUGCUGUUGUGGCAUACAUAAAGAAAGUUCUGUCCUUCUUUGGCACAAUUUGGCUGACCAUGCCCAGGAGAAAGGCCUCUGGUUUCUUCAGAAAGGUAUAUUUAAAUACCCUUUUCAUUUCAUUAUAAAUCAUCUCAGAUGGGCUCCUUUCUCAGGUGGAUGAGCCCCAUCUGCCCCUCUCUUCCCUCUACAACAAGGGCAGAAACCACCCUCUUGACCAUUGGAUCCACCACGGGUCACAUCUGCUCAAUCUGCCAGAGCCUGUCUUGGCAUGCACGGGAAGUCCCUAAUUCUCCAAGGGUUUGAGAGCCAUCAACCACCCUCACCUGGUUUAGCUGGCCAGUCGAGGCUGUGGCUGCUGUCACAUGCCAGCAGCUUCUAGGAGCCCCAGGUGAGAGCUGAGUAUUGAGUGGGGACCCGAGAUGAGCAAACUACCCCACCAGAGGUACUAUCCCUCCCCUAACAUCCCCAUACAUCCUGGAGUGGACCAAGGGAGCAUAUAUUUCUGGAAAUUUGGUGUGGAACUCAAAAAUAUCCUAUAAAAGGUUGAGACUUCACUUGGACUGUCUCCUCCAGGUGGCAUGUCUGCUUGAGAGUCUGGCCAUUGCUGUGAACCCCAAUUUGAGCUGGCUGCUCUCCUGGGCUCUGUAGGCAACAAGGCCUUUCCUGGCUUCUCAUUCCAACAGGUGGAAAAGUUGGAUAAUCAUUCAGGGUCACAGAAGAUCCCAGUCGUCUUCCUCUCGUCCUCCUCCCUCCUGCAACCUUUUGCACUCUACAUCUGCAUGGGAUGCUGCCUGACCGGCUUGACGCAACAGCAGUGCUGAAAAUCCUGCUGCUCAGGUUCAGGCCCUUUCUCUGACCCAGUUGGCUCUAGGUGCAGACACCUAGGCAUGGGGGUGGAAGCGCGUCUCCCCUUGGGCCAAAUUGGCAGGUGACUCUUGCAAGGCUGCUGCUCUGCCACGGCUCUUGCUCAAGUUGCUGGUACACUUGCCUGCAGGCAGGUAUUGUGUGGCCGGAACCAGAAAGGCAAGAAUGUUGGGUCUCUUGUUGCAUCUGGCUGAUGGGAAGGUGGCCCUGAAGAGCAAAAGCUCUUGGGAACUGUUAGAAGGUUGGGCGGGGAUUGUCUCGCCAUCUGGCCUUCUGGGGUGCUUUGGACUCCCCCAUAGGUUGCCUGGAUGAGGCCAAAAUUCAGUGGCAGAGCAGCUGCCUUCAUGCAGAAUGUCCCAGGUUCAAUCCCCUGCUUUUCCCUGUUUGGGCUGCCCGAAAGUGCAGACAGCUGCUGCCAUCCUGGGCAGACUAACAUCCUAAGCCCAUCUAAGGCAAACAUCUCGUGUUUCUGUUUAAAGCAGCCCUUCCAUUCAGAACCACGAAGACCCACCGGACUCUCGCUUCACUGUAGCUGAGGUGGCACGUGGAGCCGGCUGCUUAGUCAUUUGUUCAUUGCAUUUAUAUCCCACCUUUUUCUCCCGAGGAGCUCAAGGCAGGGCCCAGGGCUCUCUCCCUCCCUCCUCACUUAAUCCCCACCACAACCCUGUGGUUUGCCUGGGAGGCUAUGAGCAGCCCAAGGCCAUCCAGGGAGCUUCAUGGGGGUUUGACUAGCUGACCCCUGGGACCCCUUCCAACUCGUUCACCAGAGCCAUCGUGGCCAGUGGGACUUGUAGCCUGGCAACAUCUGGAGGGCUGGAGCUCCCCCUCCCCCCCAGCACCAAUGGCGAUGCAGCCAGUGGAUGUGUGUUGAGAGACAUCCCCCUCUGACCGAUUUCAUCACUCCAGAGAAUGCUUUCGACAGACAAUGGGCAGGCUUGUUCUCUCCUGGGCUUCACAGUAGGAGCUAUUAUGUUAGGAAAUGCAUUAUAAAAGCUCUCUUUGCAGCCCCUCCCCGCAAACCCCCUUAGUCUGAUCAGCUGUACAAAGGCUGCUUUGAGAGCCAGACUGCUUCUUAUGGGUAUGUUGGUAAACUGGUUCACUUGGCAUCUAGCAAAAUGUUUCUCCCUCCAAAACUGUAUGAAUACCUGACGGCUUCAUAAACUGAUGUGAGCUGUGAAGAUAUCACAGGGUUGGGGGAAACUGUGGAACUCUUCGCGACUAGAAACUGGCCAACAAAACAUUUUCUGGAAGUACUAAAAGGCUGUUGGCACUGACACUGAAUGCGUUUGUUAAGCAGGUACAGGGUGUGGGCACAUCCAACUUUAUAACGUUUGGACUGUCUCUCCAAAGAGAUCAGGCUGUCAUGCGUCUGGUUUUCCUUUCUUAUUAUCCCCACAACACCCCUGCAGUGUCAGUUAGGUUGAGAGAAAUUGAUAGUCUAAGGUGGCCCUCAAAAUUUUGGCCCCUUACCACCUCCCACGCUGCAUCAUCUCUGGUUGGAUUAGAUGACUUUUGUAGUUUCUCCCAAAUUAAACAGCUCAGGACCACAAGACCUCAAGGACCUCCUCUCCCUGUAUAAACCAUCCUGGACUCUGUGUUCAUCCUCUGAGGCCCUUCUCAGUGUGCCUCCUCCACGUGAGGUCCGGAGGGUGGCAACGCCAAAACGGGGACUUUUUUGUCCUGGCUCCCCAUUUGUGGGGUGCUCUCCCCAGAGAGGUCCGCCUGGUGCCUUCUUUACAUAUGUUUAGGUGUCAGGCAAAUCUUUCCUCUUCAACCAGGCCUUGGGCUGAUUAAUACUCUACAGCCUUUAAAAUGUGAUUGUGGGAGGGGUUGUUCUUUUGUUGUUUUGUGCUUUCACCUUGUAUUUUUAUCUUCUGAGCUGCCCUGAGCUCUUUUGAUGAUGGGUGGUAUAUAAAUCUAUUAAAUAAUAAUAAUAAUAAUAAUAAUAAUAAUAAUAAUAAUAAUAUGAUCCUAGGUACCUCUCCUUGGAGACUUUCACCCCUCCUGAUACUGGUUCCAUUGACUCUUGCUUGCAAGGCAUUUUUAUUGAAGUUCAGCCAGAAUCUCCCUUCCUGAGUUUUCACCUUCUUGUGGACCAGAAAACUAGUGCAAACAUGUUGCCCCCCUCUUCUCACGUGCCCCCUCACUAGGGGGUGGUUUUUUUAAAGGAAACAGUUUCCUUUCUUCUUACUGGGCUUUAAGCAGGAGUCUAAUGUUGAGUUAAAAUUUCGUUUUAUAAUGUAUAGAAAACAAGAACAGUUAUAACAACAGGUGAAAAUUGAAAGACGAAAAACAAAACUAUAAAAGAGGCACGUAGAAGAAUGAGUACAGUUGCACAUGGGAUAAAAUAACAAAGCCAAGAAUUUUCUGUUUAGCUGUCAGUCACAUUGAAUCCUGAAAUUGUAGAGCAGGUUUCUUUCGUCCAGCGUGAGGCUCAAACCCAUGACCUAGAGAUUACGAGUCUUGUGCUUAACUGACUGAGCUAUCCCAGGAGCAACCCUCGUGGUCCUACAAUUCCAGGAUUCAAUGUGACUGACAGCUAAACAGAAAACUCAAUAUAAAAGGGUUUGCUUAUCCUGAGCCACCAUUGGAAAGUCAAGAAUAUUCAUGUUGUUCAGUUGUCAAGUUUGGUUCAGAUUUGCCAGGCUUCUGAUGAGGGCUCUCUUCAAAAAGAUGCCUAUGUAAUAAAUGAAUGCCAAAGCAUAUAAACAGCGUCUGGAGGUUCUAGUCCUUGUCAAAAACUCAAAUGAUGUGUGAUUUUCUUCAUUAUAGCUAUGUUCCAGUGCCUAGUGCCCGAUUCUGGGCUCCUUUCCGUGGCAGCUGUGGUUUGUAUUAACGCCAAGCUGCUCCUUUUCCUUUCAGAUUGCUUGGGGACGCCCAUUGUGUAUGCGCCAGUCAAAGCUGACCUCUCUGGGAACAUUAAGGUAAGGAAGGGCCUUGGUGCGUCUUUGGGAGAGGCUGGCCAGUCAAGUGGGAAUGGCCCUGCGAUGGGGGCAGAGCAGGACCCCAGCCCAGGGGAAGCAGCUGCUUUGCUGGCAGGAGGCUCCAGCGGGGCCAGAACCCGGCUUGCUGUCACCCAGGGCAAAGACCCAGUUUGUCAUACACCCACACAACACAUUGGUUCAUAAAGGGCAUAAAAAGUAGUUUGAAAGAGGCUGGAGAAGCGAUAGUCUUUCCAAAUACUAAAACUGUCUGUGUAUGUACCUGGCUUUCAUUCAGCCUUAAGUAGAUCUCCUCAGAGAUCAUUUGAGGACUUCUAAGAAGUAUUAUGACUGUAUGAUAUACUACAACUCCUACUCCUACUCCUUUUUUUUUAGUUUUUAAAUACAUCUUUAUUGGUUUAAAAUACAAUCUUACAAUAAAGGUAAGUACAACAAAGUUAAGCACAGAAAAGAAAAAAAGGAAAAAGAAAAAAAAUAGUCUCCACAUCAAAAAGUACAAAAAGUUUAAAAGUAACAAGAAGAAAAAAGAAAAGAAAAAAACAAUUAAAAGUACCAGAUAUUUAUACACCAUGUCUUAUCCAAUAAAGUCUUCUGUGAAAAGCUUCCAGUUGUUUUCAUUAUGCUUUUUCUGUUGUCUUGAUUUUAUCACACAGUUUGUUUUAUAUCUUUUUCCAUAUAUACCUCUAAGAUAUUUAUUCCAUUUAUUUAUUAUACACAAAUAUCAUUCAAUUCUGCUAGGAUGGUAUCAUUUUUACAAUAUAGUCUUACAUAUUCCUUAAAUAUUUUCCAUUCUCCGUAUACUUUUUGAUUUAAGGUUCCCCUGACUUUUCCACUCAGCCUUGCUAAUUGGAAAUACUCUAUCAUGAGUGUUUGCCAUUCUGUUAUUGUUGGUGUUGUUUCCAUUUCCAACUUCUGGCCACUAGCAUUCUCGCAGCUGUGAUUGUGUACAUGAACAGUGGUCUUGUGUUUUGCUUAAUUUCUAUUGGCAAUAUUCCUAAUAGGAAAAUCUCCGGCCUUUUUUUAACAGUGAAUUUAAAUAAUUGCUUAAAUUCAUCAUAUAUGUUGUUCCAAAAUUCACUUAUAAUUAUGCACGUCCACCACAUGGGAUAGUAAGACCCUAUCUCCUUUUUGCUUCGCCAGCAUGUUGGUGAACUACCUUUGUACAUUUUAGCAAGUUUUGACGGGGUGUGAUGCCAUCUGUAAAGAAUCUUCAUGGUAUUCUCCCUCAAGUUAUAACAUGAUGUAAAUUUAAUGUCUUGUUGCCACAGUCUUUCCCACUGCUCCAUAUAGAUAUUAUAUCCAAAGUAUUGUGCCCACCUUAUCAUUGAUGUUUUUACCUGCUCCUCUUUCACUUCCCACUCUAAAAGAUAUUCAUACAUUCUUGAUAUAUACUUUCCUUUAUUAUAUAUUAAUUCUCUUUCAAAAGUGGAAGUUUCUUUGGCAAGACCUUCUUUCUUAUCUAUACACAAUUUUUGAUUUAGCUGGAAAUACUGUAUCCAAUCAGACAGAUGGCAUUUUUUAAAAGUUGGCUUAUCUUUGUCUGGUUCUAGUAGUAUCCGGUAGGUGGGCAACUCUCCUUUCAUGUUUUUCCUUUUAACUGCUAUUGCUUCCGCUGGAGAUGUCCACAAAGGUAUCUUUGGUUCCAAAAUUCCUCUAUAUUUACUCCAUAUCUUAUAAAGUGAUUUCCUUAUUACAUGGCUUAAGAAACCUUUGUGGACCUUCACCUUUUCGUAUAUUAGAUAGGCGUGCCACCCAAACCGGUUGUCGUGCUCCUCAAGAUCCAAAACAUCUGUGUCUUUUAGUGUAAUCCAUUUUUUUAGCCAUACUAAUCCUGCUGCAGCAUGGUAUAAUUCCAGAUCUGGUAAUCCAAAUCCUCCUCUUUCCCUUUUGUCUAUCAAUACCUGAUGUUUAAUUCUUGGUUUAUUUCGGUUCUAGACAAAUCUAGCUAAUUCCUUUUUCCAAUCCUGGAAGCAUUUCAUUCCUCCCAGAAUUGUUAAAGUUUGAAACAAAAAAAAUCAUUUUUGGGAGGAUGUUCACUUUUAUUACCGAGAUUCUUCCCAAAAGGGAAAGGUGUAAUUUAGUCCAGUUUUCCAAAUCCUUUUUUAUGUCUUUCCAUGUUUUAAUAUAGUUAUCUUCGUAGAGAUUUAUAUUUUUAUUUGAAAUCCAAAUCCCCAGGUAUUUAGCCUUAUUUUUAAUUUCCAGACCAUUUUUUUCUUGUAAUUCAGUUUUCUCCUCCUGUGUUAGAUUUUUGGUCAAUAACUUUGUUUUCUGGUGGUUUAUCUUCAGGCCCGUUAAUUUCCCGUAUUUUGUAAUUAAAUCAAUAGCUGCUGGAAUACUUUGAUUUGGAUUCUGAGUUGUUAUUAUAUCAUCUGCGAAUGCUCUGAUUUUAUAUGAUUUCUCUCUGAUUAUAAUUCCUUUUAUUUUUCCUUCUUUCCUGAUAUUAUUCAGCAGCGGUUCCAAAGCUAAUAUAAAUAACAGGGGUGACAAGGGGCACCCCUGUCUGGUUCCUUUAGUUAUAGGGAUAUUGUCUGUUACAUUACCAUUUAUUAACAACUUUGCUUUUUGUUGUUCAUAUAUUGCCUCUAUUCCUUUUCUGAAUUUUGUUCCUAGACCCAUAACCUCCAAUUGUUUAUUAAUGCAAUACCACAAAACAUCGUUGAAUGCCUUUUCUGCAUCGAGUAAUAAUAAGGCAGCUUUUUUUAUCAUUUUUGGCUUCUAAAUAUUCUAAAAUGUCUACAAUGUUUCUAGUAUUGGCCGAGAUUUGUCUUCCCGGGAGGAACCCGGACUGAUAUGGGUGUAUAAUUUCAUUGAUGGCCUCUGUAAGCCUUUGUGAUCGCAAUUUAAUAGUGAUAUUGGCCUGUAGUUAGAUAUUGACUGUGGGUCUCUCCUACUCCUAUUCCUAAUGAUAGAAACUGUGAUAAUAAUCAGGCACACACCAAAGACUUAAGUCCUAUUGAACUCGGUGGGGCUUACUUUUGAGGAAAAGUGCUUAAGAUUGCAGUAUAAGACUGCAGAAUCUUUACACAGUUACCUGGGAGUAAGCUCCAUUGAAUUCAUUGGGACUUCUGAGUAGUAAAGGCUUGCAGUUUAAGGCUCUAAAUAAUAAAAUAAAAGAAUAAAUACUCCACAAGUUUCCUUAAAAAAUUGCUGAAUAAUUUAAAGUGGAUUGGCUACAUUUCCCUUCCAAAUUACAGGAAGGGAUAAAUACAAAGUGCUUCGUAUAUCAGCAUCACAUUUCUUUCAUUACAGGUAUUUUAUUUUCAGUAUAAAGAGGACUCAGUUUUUGUAGCUGAUUGUACGCACCAGUGCCCUCUUUAUAUAUUCUCAUGGUGUAAACAUGUAUGUUGUCCUCUGAACCCAAACACACACACACACACACACACAGAGAGAGAGAGAGAGAGAACACAAACACAUAAGCAAGCAAUACUCCAAAGUGCUUCUGUUCCCAAAGAGGGCAGGAGGUGGUGUUCUGAUCUCUUCACCGCUUUUAAUUGAUCUCUGAGAUGUUGAGGGAAACAAAAGAAGAAAGAAAGAAACAAAGCUUCCCCUUUUCAACUUUGCUUGGAGAGCAACCUUCUCCAGGAUUUCUCUUUCGCAAACGGUUCCAAAAACAGGCAGGGGGAAAGGGGAAGGAGGAUCUUUUUCCAGGGUUUUUUUUGCAUCCCCUAGCAAAUUAGCAUCCCUCUGGUUCUCAGCAGCUCCAGAUCCACUCUAUGAAAGACUCUCCAGAGCCGCAAGGAGGGGCCCGUGGUCAGAGGAAGCCCCUGCAAGCUGGGAGCCUCAGUGGUGUCCCUCUAGGCUUCAUCCAGGGAUGAGACUCUGGCUACCCCCCAAUUAACUUCGGCCCUGGUUUCCAGGUUCAAUCCCCCCCGGGCAUCUUCUUAAAAACAUUUUUAAUUACAUGGUGAGAAUUCAAAAUUGGUAGCAGCCACUGUCUUCCCCUCGGUCCUCAAAACAAAAGUGAGAUGUACGAGGGAGAUGGUAGAAACAAAGAGAGCAAAAAUGACUUGGUUUUUUGCUAUUUGUCACCUGUGCCGCGUUCUCUGUGUUGUUGAAUUGACCUUUCGUUUGGUUCUAUUUCAGAAAAUACGAGCUGUUUACGAAUCGAAUCCAACCAAGUUCAAAACGCUGCAGAACAUCUUGGAGGCGGAGAAGGAGAUGCAUGGAGCGGCUUGGCCAAAAGUUGGGGCAACCUUGGCACUCAUGUGGCUGAAAAGGUGCCUGCGGGUUGGAGGGUGGUGGCUUGGAGGCCUCCCUGGCGCCUGGGGGGCUGACGGGAGGAUGUAAUGUGGUCACCCAACACCCUCUGCCAAACGAAUAAUCCUCCAGAAGAUUUCAUCUCGCCACUGCUCUCCGUCCCAGCAGGAGAGCCAUGCUGGCCGGGGCAGAUGGCAGUUCUGGUCCAAAAGACCCGAGAGGUACCAGCAAACCCUGAGCUAUGAAAAUGCAACAAGGAGUCGAGGGGAAUGGCUGAGGCCCUUGUUCCCUCCCCACCUGGGUGUGGAGUGCCAAAGGGAAAGAUAACACUUGGCAUCAUAGAGUUGUAGAGUUGGAAGGGACCCGCAAGAGUCAUCUAGUCCAGCCCCCUGCAAUGCAGGAAUCGCAGCUCAAGAAUCCCUGGCAGGUGGCCAUCCGAGUUCUGCUUUAAAACCUCCAGUGGAGGAGAGUCUUUAUUUACUCUGCAAAAUAAUUUUAUUUAUUUCAUGAAAUUUAUAGACUGCUUGAUUGUAAGCAGAAAAACCUGAAAGCAGCUUACAAGAAGAAUAAAACAAUACAAUUGUCAAAAAAGCAAUUAAAAACCAGCUAUUUAAAACUUUCAGAAAUUACUGUAUUUUUCGCUCUAUAAGACACACUUUUUCCCUCCUAAAAAGUAAGGGAAAAUGUGUGUGCGUCUUAUGGAGCGGAUGCUGACAGGGCUUCUCCCACCUCAUAGAAAAGCCCGCAAGAGCCAUGCUCCCUUUAAAGAGUGUGCGGCUCUUGGCUGGCUUUUGCGGGAGGUGGGGGAAGGGACAGAGGGCAGCUUAGCCGCCCGCAGUCUCUUCCAGGCAGGGGGAGCCUUCAUCCCGCUGCCUGGGAGAGGCUUCGGCAGCUAUCCCAGAAGCCAGAACAGCAAGAGGCUAUGCCAGAAGCCAGAUCUCUCUUGCUGUUCUGGCUUCUGGGAUUCAGAAUAUUGUUUUCCUUGUUUUCCUCCUCCAAAAACUAGGUGCGUCUUAUCGUCUGGUGCGUCUUAUAGAGCAAAAAAUGCGGUAAUUUAAACUGGUGAUAAAGCUAGAAACAAGUUGAAACACAUGUCAACAUUCUGCAUCGCUAGAUAGUCUUGCCUAAACAAAAACAUUUUUAGCCAGUGCUGAAAAGAGCAUGGCAAAGGCACCUGUUUUAUGUCAAUAGGCAGGGAGUUCCAAAAUGUGUUUCCUGCCACAACAUGAUCCAAGCUUUAGGAGAGAGUGGAAGAUGAGAAUUGGCAGGAAAACAUAGGAACAGAAUUGUUGGUGUGAAGUCUUUAAUCGGGACCAAUCUCUGCACAAAUACAAAAGAAAAAUGGUCUGAAUAUACUAUGUACUGCCUGUGGUGGGAAAUGUUAGCAUCAGUGAUUAAAACCAUUUCACUGAUAACCUGUCCCCACCCCCCCAUUUUGACAAUUUUAUUAGUAUAGAUGGGUGAUCAGCUGGAGCGUAAAGAAGCACUAAUAGUGACACAAGAAUGAAAAAAAUACCGAUAGUAAAAGGAUGGUUUGUAAGAAUCUGGAAGGUAGCUGUGAUGCAUCAGCUAGGAAGGGUUGGAUAGAUAGAUAGAUACAAAUGAUACUAUGUGCAUAGAGGUAUUUGUUAUAAGUAAAGUAAAACAAAUUAUUAUUUCAAUCCAUUUCAACCUGCUGUUGAACACUGCUCAACGCUGUGCGCUUCUUCAAGGCUUAGUAGGCUUAGCUCACCUGUUCACUGUGUUUCUCUGCCCACCCCCAGCAUGCAGCCAGUUUAAUCUUUCUACCCCAGAGCACUCCUGCUUUGAAUGAAAACAAUCAAGUCUUCAGUCCUCGGUCCAAUUUCACUUCUUUUGCGAGAGAGACCAGGACGGGGCUGGGCUUCAGUCCCACCAGGGUCUCCAGAGGAUUCCAGCUGCUCCGUUUUCUCCACUAUGAAGGAAGCUGUGCAGCUCUCGUUUUUUGGGAGGGGAUGGUGGUCAUUGGCUUGUUUUUGUUUUUGUCUUACGAUGUAUUUUGCAUUCUCAUUUUGUAUUUUUCUGUUGUGAGCCACCCUGGGAUGGUCUGAUGGAGGGCGGCAUACAAACAACAGCCACACCCAUCAGCCUCAGCCAGUGGAGCCAGUGGUCAGGGGCAGUGGGAGUUCUAGUUCACAACAGGCCUGUUUUAAGUGACAAAAGGUUCAGGUGCUGUGUUUCCUGGCUGUGCCUGGCAGGUGCCUCUCGCAGGGCAGGUGUCUCCCCCCCGCCUCACCUGCCCCGUUUCUCCCGCAGGGGCCUGAAGUUCAUGCAAGUUCUGCUGCAGAGUCUGUGUGAUGGCGAGAGGGACGAGGAGAACCCAAACCUCAUCCGGGUCAAUGCCACCAAGGCCUAUGAGUUGGCACUGAGGAAGUACCACGGCUGGAUGCUGCAGAAGCUGUUCUUGGUGAGUGGAGCUCGCAAGAGCCACCCAGCUGAGCCAGCCUGAUCCCAAGGGGCUCCAUGCCUGAUUUUAUAAGCUUCCUGUCGUGUCGCCUCUCACUCCCCUCUUCUCUAAACUGCAAAGCCCCAAACACUGCAGCCUUGUUCCAUGGGGGAGGCACUCCAGCCUCUUGAUUGUUUGGGCGGCCCUUUCCCAGUUCUGCAGUAUCCUUUUUUGUGGUGAGGUGGCCAGAGCUGUGAGGUAACCAGAAAUGAUAGCUGAAGGAACCUCCUUAUUCUGAAGCAGUCUCUCUUUGAAUGCCAGCUACAGGGGCAGGGAGAGCUACAGGAGAUGCCUCAGUUGUGGAUUUGCCCCAGAAUGGUCUGGUUGGCCCCUGUUGGAUGCUGACCUAGAUGGGUCUUAAGGAGAAUCCUGCUGGAUAUCCCAUUGCUGACUGUGCUUCAGGCUAGGAAGGCUAAUAGCCACUGACUAACCUGUUCUCAGUGUAGAAAUCUAACCCAGAGUUAUACCUGUUUUGCAUUUUGAAGGAAUUCUGCACUAAGGUAACCUGAGUCUUGCACCAGGAAAACAAGGUGAACUCUGCCAUGUGCAUAAUUUUUUUCCACCUGUGUGUGUGUAUUUCUGCUAGUCACUAGGAGGGGUGAAGCAGUACGAGGCGCUGAGGAAAUCAUGGAAAUCCAGCGCCCCUCCUCUCCUUCCCCACUUCUCUGGUUCCUGAGAUUUUAGCUGUUGUUCUACACAUGCUUUCAAGUCUGUCUUGCUGGUCAUGAGGACUGAAAUUCUCACAGCACUGGGCCUCCCACCCGCUAUCCAUUUCUGUGCUUGCCAGUUGCAGAAUGCAGACAUGCCCAAACAUCCAGGAGCAGAGAGUUCCCUAGAUUUGCAUUCAACUGAUAAAGAAGUACUCCCCCCUCUUUUUUAUCUUUUUUUCUUAAACAAGACAAAACAGUAGAUCAUCCCUAAGAGUAUGUUGGUCUGCUCUCCAUGUUGUACAAUAUUUAUUUUCCACUGCAGUUCAGGUGGGGUGGGUGUUUAACUCCAGGCGGUUUUGCCACACCUUCCGUCCUCUGACUGGGUUGGCAUGUUGGCACUUUUCCUGGGGGGAUGAGGGAGGGCAGCCCUGUGCACUGGUCUUCUGGGCGAGGAGGGCAGAGAUAACUCAGGCUUCAUUCACACCAGACGUUGAAAGCACAGUCAUGGCUCCCUCCAAAGAAUUCUGGGCACUGUAGUUAGUGAAGGAUGAGUCCCCUGUUCCCCUCAAAGAGCUGCAAUUCCCAGGGUGGUUCAACCAUCACAUGGAGCUCUGCGAAUUGUAGGCCUCUGAGGGGAAUAGGACUCUCCUAACACCUCUCAGCAACCGUGCAGACCACAGCUCCCAGAAUCCUUUGGGGGGGAGCCAUGGCUUUUGAAGUGGUCUGAGACUGCUUUAAAUGUAUGAUGCGAAUGAAGCCUCACUCUGAACAUGACAAAUGAGUGCAAAGCUAAAGAGAAGGAUUCACAUCCUCUCCAAGUGUCCUGAUUUUCCAGGGGCAGUCCCGGAAUUACUGAAGCCAUCCUGGUUUCUGAUUUGGUCCUGGAAUGUCCUGCUUUUCCUUUUCCCUCCCCUCCACAUCUCAGAUAAUAAUUAAAAGUGGUGUGUGUUUAUGUGUAGGUGCAAAAACAGAGCCCUGUUUAAAUGGACAAUAAAAUUCCUGCACCCUGGACAAUAAAAUUCCUGCACCCAGUGAAGGAAAUGGUGAAGCUGGCAUACGAAGCCCUGCCUAUAAUUUUGAAGGAAAAGGUCACCAAUCCACGUUAAAUUCUUGACUGGCCAUGCUUCAGCAGCUGCUUUAGGGAGGAGAGAGAGGGCUGGCUUGGGGGUGGGGGGGAGAGAAGCCUACUGGCUCCUCAAAGAGAGAACUUUUGCCUCCCUUUCCUUCCCCCCCACUUAAACUCCGCCCUCCUGCGUCCAGUUAGCCACCUCCUUCCACACACGCACCCCACGCACGCUCUUCGUCCCUCCAAUGACAAUGGGUAGACCACCGCCAGUUUUUUAUACUGGGGAGUAGAUCGCAGCCUAUUUGAAGUUGGAGAUGCCUGAUCUAGUUCAACCUGUUGUGAUGCGGGCAUGUGCAGCCGUCCCAUCUGGGGAUCAAACCUGCAACCUUGGCGUUCUCAGUGCUCCGCUCUAACCAACUGCGCUAGCUGGCGUUUCUUGCUUCGUGCGACUUGGGUUUAUUCUGUCUCUCUUUUGUCCUCACCCAGGGCUCUGUGUAUGCUCUCCCUUACAAAUCGGAUUUGCUGAAAGCCCUGGAAAAAGGCAAAGAGGUGAAGGAAGAGGAGACCUUAGAGAAGAUCCACCAGUUCCUCUCCAAGGCGACACCCAUCCUGGAUGCAAUCUACGAAAUGUACACAAAGAUGAAUGCUGAACUGAGCUACAAGGCUUGACCAAGCGCUUCCUCCAGCAGAUGGUCUCCUGGUCCCUGUGAGCAGCCCCUCCGGCCGGUCUCAGCCUCCGGAGAAGCUCGACUUAGAAAUGCGUUUCUACCGAAACUGAAGCAAUACAACCUGGAGAUCGUCUCCAGGGUCUUCCUGAACCUUUUGUCCUGCUCGUUCAAGAGCUUAAAAAGUAUUUUAUAAUCUUUAUCUAACAGAUUUAUUUAUAACCAGUCUCGGGAAAUGAGGGGCACCUGGCAAUAAAGCUUAGCUAAGUGGUACUGUAUUCCAUAUAUAUAUAUAUAUAUAUAUAUAUAUAUAUAUAUAUUCCUAAUAUUUUAUAAUCUCUGUAUAUUUUGGGAUUCCUGUAUAGUUAGAUGCUUCGAUGGUGCAGCAGGUAUGGCUGUUUGUACCUGGUUUUUUGAUGUGCUGACUGAAUUAGGUGUUUCUCCACAACAGAUGCCAGCAAAGAGUGUGUGUGUGUGAUUUGCACAAAGAAGUAAUAAUGAAAACCAGCCUUCAGUUACCUUUCUUGAGUGACAUUUUUAAUCUCACCGGAGUCGAAAUAUUUUCUCACUCCUUUUUGCAACUGUUUACUUCAGGGAUAACUUCUCACCCUUUGAACUACCUGCAACCUGCCUCCUUCCCCCACUUUCCCCAUUGUUGCCUUUUCAGAUAUCUUGGUUUCUGAGGCACAAGAACCAUUUUAGGCCUUAAGUGGAUCACUGCUCAUCCAAGCCUUAUAUUUUCUUCAAGUAGCAACAGAGAAGACAAAAAAAUAAAGUCUGAUGUGGGGAGAUGUG